AUGCUGGAGUGGUGUGUCUGGGUUGAUCAGACAUGUGUUUGCAUAAAGCAGAAUGUUUUGGCUUCCUUUACAGCAAUCACUAAGACAACUAUGGAAUUGUUAAUGUAACAUCAAGCGAUGAAGAUGGAGAAAAGGUGGCCUUCCUGUGCAUUGCAUUUGUUCAUCCUAACACAUCAUGUUGCUGGUGAGCUUGAAGGCACCAUUAUAAAGACAGAAGCAGUCCAUGCUUUCCCUGGCAGUGAUGUGACUCUGGAAUGCAACAUUCUGAGCAGAGAUGGGGUCCAUAUCUCACAAACACAAUGGUCAAAGAUUGAUGAUAUGCCACCCAGUAGAAUAGCUGUAUAUCACCCCAGAUAUGGCAUUAAAUACUUACCUUUUUCUAAGACUGAUUAUAACUAUUCAGUGGCUUUCAGUAAGACUCUCCACCACUGCUGGGUAGAUGUUAGCAAGACUUGGAGUUCCCAUGAUGCCAGAGUAAACCAGGUGGAAUGCCAUCAGUGGAGUCUACAUUUGAGUAAUGUUAGUCUCUCACUCAGUGGGCAGUAUGAGUGUAGCUUUGCUACCUACCCAUAUGGGACAAAGGCUGCGGAAAUUAAUCUUAGUAUCAAGGCAGAAGAUGAGAAGCACUAUGGAGUGGUGGAAGUGCUAUUAAACGAAACAUUGGAAAUUCCAUGCCUUGAGAACAUGACUUCUGUAAAUUUGUCCAAGUAUCCUUUGAAAUGGCUCAUGGAGGAAUAUGGACGUGAAGAAACAACUCUUAUCAUCAAAGAGUUCUACCACCAGGAUGUGAAUAAGACUGAUAGCCUAUUGUAUAAGGAAAGAAUUCAGCUAGGUCCAGACAAUGCACUAAAGAUUUCCCCAAUCAGAAUGGUUGACGAUGGCAAGGUGUUCUCUUGCCGUGUGAUGUACCAUCCUGAAAGAAUCCUGACGAACAUCACCAAAGUGAAAGUAUUUGCCAAACCGGAAAUCUCCAUUGCCCUCCAAAAUAGUUCCAAUGAGAGCAUAGAGCAGGCUAGUCUUACCUGUACUAUAAGGAAGGCAUUUCCCAAGCCGAAUCUCACAUGGUAUGCAGAUGGAGAGAUUCUUAAAGACCAAUUUGGAGGAAUAUCUAUUGAAGCUGAAACUCUAAAAGAUGGUGAAGGUUUCUAUGAAUUGAGAUCAAUACUGAAGAUACAAAGUACAAACCAGUCAGCCACUAAUCAGACUUUCUGGUGUACAUGUAGUUUUCCCUUCCUGGGGAAUAAAACAUGCAAUAUUUCAUCUGGAGAAAUAGUAAUUUCUUCUGGCCCUGUAUAUAACAAAGUGCCAUUUCCAGCUUUUACAACCACAGCUACAAAAGAUCCUGGAAUUUCAACACUUCCAUCAACAAUCAUGGCUACCACAGGACUGCAAACUACAUCUUCAACUUCCCUAGGCUUCACAAGUCCAGUAACUUCUGAAUCUGUUUCCACUGCACAACGCCAGUUUGAUUUUACCACAGACGUGCAAGGCUACACCAACACCACAGCCUCCAGUGAGAGUGAAACAAGACAGCGCCUGAGUGACCCUACUAUUGCAGCCCAACAGAGCAAUGUGAAUACAACCCUCUCCAGGGAGAAUGUAACCCUGCCACACCGCAAUCUGUCCUCCAGCACAAUGGUUGAUCCAGCUUUGUUUACAAAACUUGAUGGUUUAUCAACUACAAGGAAAUUGGUUAAUGGUAGUGGCAUCGUGGGGAAACCAGAGAAUCCUCGCUUCUCCUGGCCUGCGGUUGUAGCACUCUUGCUUCUGUUUUGUUCUUUUCUAAUCAUUUUAGGAAUCAGAAAGUGGUGUCAGUACCAAAAAGAAAUUAUGAACAGACCUCCAUCUUUCAAGCCACCUCCGCCUCCAAUAAAGUACACAUCCAUGAUAGAAUCUGAUGGAACUACCCCAUCCUGCCAUGAACUGGAAAAUUUGUAAUGUUUCUUGGAUUAUCCCUGAGCCAUCUCUGAAGAAUAUUAAAUCUCAUAACUGCGUAAGUCUUUUAAAAUGCAGAUUGCUGGAGUUCAGUCUGAAUGACCCAUAUUCAAAGUCAAACUUCUAAACUGACAAGGUCUGGUAUCUCCCUAGGUUUUCCUUGGAGGUUUUUGACUCAAUCCUAACUAUUCUAAACUGGCAAGGUCAGAAGCAAAGCACUCCUGUGUAAGCUUUCUCAUCAAUUUAGAUAUGCAUUCAUCUGACAGACUGAAGUCUAACUGCAGCACAUUGGAGAUUACAGGUGCUCAGUUUGGAUUGGGUGAUCAGCUGGGAAUUUUCUGUUUUAAUAAUGGGAGUACAUUAAUGCAUGUGUCACUUCAUUAAUCUGUCUAUAAUGAUGAGAACUUUAAGCAUAUGGCAGACAUAAUUACUCCAAUCUUGGUGAUACUUUGGAAGUUUCUGACACAUGAGUGAACAGGUUUUUUUUAAAAAAACUAAGCUUUCUUACUAUAAAAAUACUGAUCUACAGUGAGGUUAGUCAAUGCUAAGCCUAAAGAGCAGGAACAUUCAUAGUAGGGCAAUAGUCCACAUAUAUCAUCACUGACCUCCAACGUGGACUCACUUGGAAAGGCUGACAUGAAAGGAGGCUGCUGUUUCCUUCUGACAUGAUAUGCUGAGAAGACCUGGCUGCAUAUCUUGAAACUGCCGGACCAAGGAGAGGUCAGGUGAUCUAGUAAGCCAUCUUGAAUGGGAGACCUAAGGACUGAAAUGCAUAACAAUCCAAGGGGAUAAUAAUAGAAACAGUGACUGUUUCCAGGGACAAUAGCUAUUGAAAAUAACAAUUGUUCAAAGAUAAAAAUAUUUUCUGAAGUAUUUUUAUAUAUCAAAUAUAUUGAUAUAAAG